AUGAGGGGGUUGUAUCUCCUUUGCACGCUUCUCCCGUUGCUCCCUCCAAUCCAGAACUCCCUCAUCCUGCAGCCUCUUCCUUCGCAGCUCAUGCCAACCAGACUGAGGGGUGGGUCUGUGCACGGACGAGGCAAGGUCCAGGAUAUAGUUGACGGCGACUUCGACGACGGCAUGUGCCCAUGUGGCGAUCCGAGCUGCACGAGCAGGCUGAAGCACCCGCAGACGGCAGAGGACUUGAGGAGGAAGCGGUACAACGACAUCGCCACUGAGCAUCUCCAGAAGCUCGCCAAGGGGGAGCCUGCCACCAUGGAAGAGCUGCCGAUGGACAUGCAGGAGUGCCUGGUGCACGAGAUCCGCCAUGGCGAGCUCAAGGAGAUGUUCAAGCCAGUGACGCCAUGGUGGAAGGUAGCGCCCUUCGGGAACAUCUCGCGAGCUGAGGGAGACAAGAGGGACGUCGCCUGCUCCAAGGGGGUGGAGGAGACGUCAGAGAGUAUCGCCUUCAACGGGAGGGAAUGCGGGUCGUACAGUUGGGCGCAGGACAGGGAGAAAGUUUGUUUCUUCAUGUUUGUAGACAAGCAGGUUCAGAGCAAGCAGAUUGACGUGCGAGUAGCACUGCAAUCGCUACUAGUCUCCAUCGACAAGGUCCCGAUCCAGAGCAUCCGGCUGUCGUAUCCUGUGCGGUGCAGCGAGGAGGCGACUGAGGACUGUUGGGGGCUGACGACAAUGAUGGGGAGGAAGCUACUCAAAGUCACUCUGUACAAGAGCAUGCUAGGGCUGCCGGUAGACGCGCCGGAGCGAGCGGAGGGCUUGUGGUGGAGGUCGUUUUCUACCCUGGAAGAAAAGAUGCCAGAGGAUAGAGUUGUAGACAAGAAGUCGAGCAUGGAAGAGGUAGUCCUGCGGCACCAGAAGCCAUUUCAUGCUCCUCCUCCAGUCGGUGUCGAGAUCGAUCCAGAAGCCCUCAACUUCCAAUGGUGCGAGCAUUUCGACCUGCAGUUCCUCGACGUCCUGGUCGCCUACUGCUCGGUCUACAGGCAAGUGAAUGGUAGGAUGACGGAGGAUCCUGUCGGAGUCAGCUCCAUGCUUCAAUCCUCGUCGCACUCGCUGCGGCUCCUGCGGGAUCGCAGCUUCACUUGCUACGCUCAAGUUCUCAGCUCUGCAGCCUUGGAGCUGCACCCGCUAGUCUCAGGGACAGCGCAGGAGAAGAAUCUGCUGAUGCUGCAGAUCCUUCAGGACGUUGAGGCGAUCCUGUCCAGCUACGAGGCUCCUUUCUACGCCCUCUCAGGCUGCCUUCAAGUGAUGGAGAAGGCAGAGGCGAUCCUCUGGGAGAAGGCGGAGGAGGGCGACAGAAAACUGAUCACGUCCAAGGAGGUCGAGGAGGUAACGCUCUCUUCCACCUCCCCCCCUCCCUCCUCCUCCGACGACGACGACGAAGAGCACGAGGAUCGCAUGGUAGCAGUUCAUGACCCUGACAAGAGCAAGCGCAUGCUCAUCAGCAAGAACAGUCGUCGUGAGAGCCUGGAGCUCGCUUCUCGAGCUGACGACCUCAGCUUGGCUUGUGAGAAGGUCCAGGACAUCCUCAGCUGUCUCUGGGUCGCCAACAUGUCGUACAGAGAUGAGAUGCUGACGGAGGUGAGAAGAGCGCAGCAGGCCCACAUAUUCUGCUCGACCAUCGAGAACUUGACGUUGGUGGACCAAAUGACGGUGACGAGUGACGUGUACAAGCACUUUGCCAUCAGGGACUACAUCAUUGAGGAUCAGCGACGCCUUGUCAAGCUGGCGGAAGAGAAGAUGAAGGUUUGA